CAUAUUGGUGUUAUUCAACUUUGAUUAUGCAUUAUUCCGGAUCAUUAUUCUGAGUUCUGUACUCAUCUGCUCACUUGAACUGGAUUGCUUUCUUUGAACUUUGUGGUGUGUUUCUUCCAUGUGCGAAUCGUCUGAUAGAUAACUGCAUUGAGGGUGCCGAACAUCAUUGAGUUUUGAAUACUUAUCCGUACCUAGCAUCAACAGCGGUCAUCCUGUAUUACACGAGUGUAUGCGGAGUCAACCAUGAAGAUACUUUCAUUUCUGAUGUAGCCCGGAAAAAAAUUCGUCUACUCUUCAUUUAUUUUACCUAUAAUCAGAUUCAGGGUUCAACAUUUUGCUACCAGCCGGCACAGGUUUACCGCCACAUUAUUUUGGUAACUUCUUUACCAGAUAAUGCGCAUGACUGUGGCAGAGCAGGACGAUCUUGGAAUUGGCAACAUGUGAGAGGAAACAAAAUCUCAGCAACUCGGAUCAACUUGACUCACAUCGCAAGACACCUAUAGCAUAAUUGACCUUUCUGCUUCAGUAUAGCAUGAAAAAUCUUUCAGAGAUGGAGAAGGCGCUGAAUUGCAUCGCACUUUUGUCAAACAUGUACUGUUAACUGAGACAUCAAAUUUGCGAGCUCUUUGUAGUACGAUUUAGAACCUUUUUUUCUUGUAUCAAGUGAAAACUGUCGAAAAUAAAAUGGUUCACGAGGAGGAUACAUCUGAGGUUGGGAUCGGGAGUCUAUGGGCGGCCGUCUUGGAUUCGACUACACGGAUCAUGGCUGCAACAGUAGCUUCGUCUAGUGACCUCUCGUCCGAUGAAGACUUACCUCCAAUGGCCGCCCUCUCCUCAGGACCCACCUCACCGUUUUCCGAUGCCUUGGAUAUAGCCGGCUUUGGAGGCGAUGGCACAUCGCCGGCACACACCGGGGCAGGUAAAGGGGGCAGCUCCGGGAAGAAGCACAAAGGACCUUCCGGCUUCUUUCUGUCCAUCAUGAGAAGCAAUAGAUCCUUGUUCAUCUUCAGCGAGCAGAACUUCAUCAGAAGAUGUGCCAAGUGGUUGACAGAGUGGCCUCCGUUCGAGUAUCUAGUCCUAGCUACCAUCAUAGCAAACUGUGUUGUCCUGGCUCUAGAAGUCCAUCUACCAAUGGAAGACAAGACGCCCAUGUCUAUGGAACUGGAGAAGACGGAGAUUUACUUCCUUGCCAUUUUUUGCCUGGAAGCAACCAUCAAAAUCACGGCUCUAGGUCUGGUACUACACGAAGGCUCGUAUCUCCGCAAUGGAUGGAACUUUAUGGAUUUUAUAGUCGUAGUUACUGGGUUUAUAACCUUCAUAGGGGGGUUAGCAUCGGAGGGCGAUGCGACCAGUUCUGGGGCUCCAGACCUCCGAACCCUUCGAGCUAUUAGAGUGCUUCGACCCCUGAAAUUAGUAUCAGGCAUCCCAAGUUUGCAAGUUGUCCUCAAAGCCAUCCUCAAAGCCAUGGCUCCCCUCCUCCAAAUCGGUAUGCUUAUUUUGUUUGUCAUUAUCAUCUUCGCCAUCACCGGCAUGGAGUUUUUCCAGGGUAAAUUCCACAAAACCUGCUUCUACACGGAUGAGAGCGGUAACAGCACAGGAGUCAUGGCGGUGGAGAAGGGGGAGUCUCCCCAAGUGUGUUCAGAUCCGGAUGUCUCUGGCGGUCACAAGUGUCCUAAUAACACCAUUUGUUCGGAGUAUUGGGAAGGUCCCAACUUUGGCAUCACAAACUUUGACAACAUGCUCUUUGCAAUGUUAACGGUAUUCCAGUGUAUUACCAUGGAAGGCUGGACCGACAUCAUGUACUAUUGUAACAAUUCCGAAGGGCCGUAUUUUGUCUGGUUGUACUUCAUCCCCCUCAUCAUCCUGGGCUCGUUCUUCAUGUUGAACCUCAUUCUUGGUGUCUUGAGUGGAGAGUUUGCAAAAGAGAGAGAGCGCGUGGAAAACCGACGAGAGUUUCUGAAACUCCGGCGGCAACAGCAAAUAGACAAGGAACUAAACGGUUACUUAGAAUGGAUAUGCAAAGCAGAAGAGGUCAUGUUGAAUGACAAUACGACCUCCGAGGAAGAAAGAGCAACAAUAGAAGCUCGUCGCCGUGCUGCUGCAAUGUUACAACGCGAACUGAGUCUGGGCAAUGGAAAGGCCAUCAGCAGCACAAUUGAAGAUAAUUUUGAUCUAGACACGAUAGAUAAAGCCAAACUAACCGGUUCCCCCAAAUCUAACAAAUCAGAGAAGGCCAAGCAGAAGCAGAAGCGCUGCCUCUGGCUCCGUCGCCGAGAGAAGAGGUUACGAUUCACCGUGCGUCACAUGGUCAAAACGCAGGCGUUUUAUUGGCUGGUCAUCGUGCUGGUGUUCCUCAACACCGUCUGUGUCGCUAUCGAGCAUUACGAGCAACCUGAGUGGCUCUCACAGUUUCUCACCCAUGCAGAGUAUGUCUUCUUAGGAAUCUUCAUCACGGAGAUGGCCAUCAAGAUGUACGGUCUCAGCCCGUCGGUCUACUUCAAAUCUGCCUUCAACAAGUUUGACUGUAUGGUUAUCCUGGCUAGUUUGUUUGAGGUCAUCUACACCAAGUUUCAGGGUGGUUCCUUCGGUCUCAGCGUCCUUCGAGCCCUGCGCCUUCUUAGAAUAUUCAAAGUAACAAGAUACUGGUCUCCAAUGCGCUAUUUGAUCAUCUCCUUGGUGCAUAGUAUUCGAUCCAUUGUCAGUCUGGUGUUCUUGCUCUUCUUAUUCAUCGUCAUAUUUGCCUUGCUCGGCAUGCAGCUAUUUGGUGGCUCUUUUAACUACAACCCUGACAGCCCCAAACCUGCCAACAAUUUUGACAUCUUCCCAAUCGCACUCAUGACGGUGUUUCAGAUCCUGACUGGAGAGGAUUGGAACAUAGUGAUGUACUACGGUGUUCAGUCCAAGGGAGGCGUGUCAUCGGGCAUGAUCUACAGUCUCUACUUCGUCAUUCUGGUGCUAUUUGGCAACUACACCCUAUUGAAUGUCUUCCUUGCUAUCGCUGUGGACAACCUGGCUAACGCCCAAGAGAUGACCAAACUAGAUCAGGAGGAUGAAGAGGAGGCUCAGGCACUGAGAGAUGCCGAGCAGAGAGAACUACAGUCUCAACGUAACUCACCACAGCCUGGAGAGGAAGCAAUAGAGGGGAGUACAACCAUCCAUAUGAACGAUGUCAAAAGGAUGAAUGGAGACCACAAUGUGGAGAAUGGCGACCCAGAGAUCAAAGUGACUGUGGUGGACCCUCCUCAAUCCCGGUGGCGCCGCUGGUUUACCUAUCUGAAUGUGCAUGGUAUCCCAUGGCCGUGCCCCUCUGUGGGACCGGUGAAUUGUCCCGGUAUGGACGCCGUCUGUAACUCCACCUGCUGGUCUGCUUGUCCCUGCUCGCGACCCCGCUGCUGUGGUAGACGGGAGAACAAAGAUGAAGAAGCUCAAGAUACUCAAGAAGAGGAUGAGUUUGGACCCAAGGAGAUGGUUCCUUUCAGUUCCCUCUUCAUCUUCAGUACCACCAACCCCGUGCGACGGUUCUGCCACUACAUCGUCAACCUUCGCUACUUUGACUUCCUCAUCAUGGUUGCCAUUGCUCUGAGUAGUAUCACACUGGCCAUGGAAGACCCCAUCCAUUCAGAGAGUGACUACAAUAAGGUUCUGGAGUAUUUCGACUACGCCUUCACCACCAUCUUUACCAUUGAGAUGAUACUCAAGAUCCUCGAUAUGGGGCUGCUGCUCCACAAGGGAUCAUACUGCCGAGAUGUCUGGAACAUUCUAGAUUCCACUGUCGUCAUCUGUGCGCUGGUCGCUUUCGGUGUCACCCAGUCGCAAGGAGAUGGAGAGAACUCGGGUGCUAGCAAGAACCUGAACACCAUCAAAGCGCUCAGGGUGUUUCGAGUGCUACGACCCCUCAAAACUAUCAAGAGAGUUCCCAAACUCAAGGCCGUGUUUGACUGCGUGGUGAACUCCGUCAAGAAUGUCACCAACAUUGCCAUCGUCUACGGCCUCUUCAUGUUCAUCUUUGCUGUGAUUGGUGUUCAGCUCUACAAGGGUCGUUUCUUCCACUGUACAGAUCCCUCCAAGCACACCGAGAUAGAGUGCAUGGGUAACUAUUUCGUCUACAGUGGCGACCUGAUUACAGAAAUCCAGCCUAGAAAGUGGGAGCGGUAUCCAUUCCAUUAUGAUAACGUCUUUGCAGCGUUACUCACACUGUUCACCGUCUCCACCGGAGAAGGAUGGCCUGACGUCUUAAAACACUCCAUCGAUGCGACAGCCGAAGGCCGAGGCCCUGAGCCCUACAACAAUCUCCAGAUGGCGUUCUUCUAUGUGGUCUACUUCAUCAUCUUCCCUUUCUUCUUCCUGAACAUCUUCGUUGCGCUGAUCAUCAUCACCUUUCAGGAGCAAGGAGAUAAAGAUUUCCAGGACGGAGACAUUGACAAGAAUCAAAAACAAUGCAUGGAGUUCUGUAUUCACGCCAAGCCCACAGACGGUUUCGUCCCGGUCGAAAAGAACUCCGUCAAGUACAAAGUCUGGAAGCUGGUGGUGUCUCAACCGUUUGAAUACUUCAUCAUGAUUCUCAUUGCUCUGAAUACCAUCGCGCUGAUGAUGAAGAAAUACAAAGCCUCCCAGGAGUUUGUUGAUAUCUUAACCUACCUCAAUAUCGGCUUCACGGUUCUCUUCACGAUUGAAGCCAUCUUAAAGCUUAUUGCUUAUGGGCCCAAGAACUACUUCCGGGCAGCAUGGAAUACAUUUGACUUCAUCACCGUGAUCGGGAGCAUCGCAGACGCAAUCAUCUCGCAAGUUGGCGCUGAUACUUUCAUCAAUCUCAGUGUUCUGAGGCUGUUUCGCGCAGCUCGGUUGAUCAAACUCCUUCGCCAGGGCUCCUCCAUCCGAAUUCUUCUCUGGACAUUCGUUCAGUCUUUCAAGUCUCUGCCGUGGGUCUGUCUGCUCACUUUCAUGCUGUUCUUCAUCUAUGCAAUCAUAGGCAUGCAGGUGUUUGGUAACAUAGACACUACCGACGUUAACAGCCAGAUUAAUCGGCACAACAACUUCAGCAACUUUUUGAUGGGCCUGAUUUUACUCUUCAGGUGUGCGACAGGUGAAAGCUGGCAGGGUAUCAUGUUAGCCUGCGCGCAGGGUAGUAAAUGUCAUCCAGAGAGUAUUCCUGCGACAGCCACCGAAGAAGAGAAAUACGGCUGCGGCUCGGUCUUGUCCUACGCCUACUUCGUCUCCUUCAUAUUCCUCUGCUCUUUCCUCAUGCUGAAUCUCUUCGUGGCCGUCAUCAUGGACAACUUUGACUAUUUGACUCGCGACGCUUCGAUCCUGGGUGCCCAUCACCUGGACGAGUAUGUGCGUGUCUGGGGAGAGUUGGAACCUGCGGGAACUGGUCGUCUACACUACAAAGACAUGUAUGAGAUGCUGCGGACAAUGGAGCCCCCGGUUGGGUUUGGUCGGAAUUGCCCCUACAGAAUCGCUUACAAGCGUCUGAUACGAAUGAACAUGCCCGUCGCCGAAGAUAAAACGGUGCAUUUUACCACCACUCUGAUGGCCCUGAUACGCACGGCUCUAGACAUCAAGAUAGGACAGGUUUCCGACAGAGAUCGUCACGAUCGUGAGCUGAGGGAGGCUGUCAAGAAUUUCUGGCCCACGUUGAACGCUGAAAAGCUAGAUUUGCUGGUCCCUCCAGACAGUGAGUUAAUCGGAGAAAAACUGACCGUUGGUAAGAUUUACGCCGCUCUACUGAUCUAUGAGACGUGGAGAGAAUACAAGGCAAAACUACAGAGAGACGGUCACGCUAGAACGCUGAUGGAAGUUAUAGAGCUGGCAAUAUUUCAGAAGCACUACCGAGCCAAUCCCUAUAUGAACAUCAACAGCGUUCAUUACCAGAAAAUCUUCACAAACAGAUUCAGAAAUUUUAUCCAGGCUGCUCAGAAGCGCCCAUCCCUCUUCCGACGACUCGUUGGAGCCGUCAGGCGAGGAAGCGCUGAGAACGUCUUCAAAGAAGUUGAAGAAGAAGACGAGGAAACUCCACUAGCACCCAACGAGCCGAAGCCAGAGCCCAAGGCCAUUGAGCCCCCGCCUGCCAAGCCGAGAGAGAGGGACCGGGACAGAGAUCGGGACAGGGACCGAGAUCGGGACCACGGCAGGCCCAGGAUGAUAGCCAGCACGCUACCUAGAAUCGACAGCUCUGGGUCAGAAGGACUGACAGCAGACCAGCACAGCAGGAGGUCAUCACCACAAGUACACGACAAGUCCCCAGAUAGACAUCGUGGAAGAUCCCGUGAUAGACAGUAUGACAGAUCUCAGGAUAGACCCCAGGACAGACCCCAGGAUAGACCUAGUGACGGGCCACGAGAAUCUCGGAGAAGGCCUCGGGACACGCUAGACAGCGCAAGGAAGACCCUAGUAGAACACAUGGAGCAGCACGAGUAUUCCGAUGAGGGUUUUUACAAUGAGGAGGGCCGAGAUAACGCUGCAUGUUAUUUUGAAAAUGAACGCGAUGAGAUGUUCACUCCAGGUAUUGAAAUGGCUGAUAUAAGAGGCCACGAUGCACCAGAUAUACAAAGGUCUGCCUCGGGGUCCAUGGACAGGAAGUCAAUGGACAGAAAUUCGUCAGCCAGUUCCUCCUACCAUCAAAUUCCUAGUCUACAGCCUCCACCUCAGUCCUCUAGAAGCAAAAGUAGCCACAAUGAUCAUGGACGGUCCAGACAAAGAGAUACUUUAGCCCCUGAAAACCCGUAUCGUAGAGAGAGAAGGUCCAGUAGGGAUAGGUCAACCUUAGAUGAUCCACAUCAACCUUAUGAUGCCCCUCGUACUGAUAUAAGUAGGAGUAACUCUAGGAAUAACUUAGACAGGAAAAUAGGCCACUCUUCAUCUUCUGUUGACUUCCGUUCACAGAAAGCCUUGCCUCAGACCCAGCGACCGUCGGACGCUUACAGCUACGAUAACCUACGAGAGAUAGAUUCUCAAGAUGGUAGACACAGACGAAGCUUUCGAGACGUCCGAAUCGAUCCAAGUUUGGGCAGCCGAGAGUCCCUUAACAGAUCUCAUAGACAUCCUAGCUCGCUGUCUCAAUCAGACGUUAGGUUUGAAGACCCAAAUGACACUCAGUCACUUACCAAGAACGGUGCACUGAGACAUUCUUCCAAGCAUCUUGAAGCUAACGCUAAUCUCAAAAGAAGGGGGUCCUAUAAUUCCCAAGAUCCUGAGAGGAGUAGCCAAAAGAGAAAAGAACCCGAGACCAGACUUGACAAACCCAAUUCUCACCCUCGGCCCCACAGAGAUAGGCACUGGAAAUCAGACGAUCGAUACCGAGAUAGUCCCACUGAUUAUACAGAUUCCCCAGUCCUGAGCCAUAGGCCAUCCCCAACUGGAAUGCCAGUCUCGCAUAGCGUCCCUUCCAUAGACAAGAACAAAUCCGGCAAACGUUACACCUCCCCAAGCAUGCCCGAGUUUGCAACGCCCAAGCCAAAUAAGAAUCAAAUGUACACCAGCACGCCCACUGACAAUCAAGAGAUCAAUCGCAAUACCAAGUAUUUAGAGGACGAGCGUAACACUAGGGGUAGGAGUAGUAGGCGAUCAAGUAAAGAUGGGGUUUAUGUGGAUGAAAACCGCAAUGUAACGGUGAUCGGGGAUACCACUGGGCAAGGGAGACAGAUUGAUAAGAAAGAGGAUACCCGAGCCCAUCGACGGGGCUCCGCAGAUAGGGAAAUGACCCGUAGGACAAGACGGGAUAUCGAUAGCACAGAGGCGGACAGUCGGUCCCACGCCCCCGGCAAACACAGACGGAAACACAGCCGAGAGGAAAUCAGACAGGAUGGUGAUGAUGAUCAGUAUGAGGGAGACGGGGUACCGGACCAACGGAAGUACACCCCGCGGGGUGGCCGGCCUAGACCUGACGAGGGUGCAAACCGAAGAGAAAGACUAGACUCGGAGGAAAGUGUGUCCUCAUCCCAACCCCUGCUUGGGUCAGGACGAUCCCCAUCACCAAUACGACGUCGAAUACCAAAGGUAGACCUACCAGACCCCUCUGCACACCCGUACCUACCCCCUUCCCCAACCUACCGGACAGGCCAAGAGGAUCAGCCACACCGGGGAACAACCAAUGGCAAACGUCAGCCUAAGCGGUACGAUCAACGGCCCCCAGAUGAUCCUUCCAAUCAGGAGGGUAAAACAAAACCACGACGACCUUCACCAUCCAAGCGGGAUAUCUCCGGCCCUGUCUCCACACCCAGCAAACGAGCCCAAAGUGCCGAGCAUUUGCCCGAGACUGAGUACAGUCCGGGAAUGGUACGCCGUACCCCCGGUCGCCGGUUACCACCGGUACCCGGCGAGGCUAGACCCUCAAGUUCCUUGUCGGGUACGCCGAGGCCCAGACCUCGCUCAGCUGGUACCUCACGCUCAAAAGACUCUAGUCCUGUCAGGCAACCUCCUUCACAUCCUAAAAACAAAGAUCCUCGACAACUGGAGAACCGAUCAACACCGCCACCGUUUCCUAUGGACGACCGACCACCGCAGUAUGAAGCAGUGAUGCGUACACAGGAGCAGGCUGAAUCAUCGGGAAUGGAUCCUCGCUUACCGAAUGGUUACAGACCAGGAUCUGUCUCCAAGGGGCGUGGUCAUGGUACGCAGGCUCAUAGCCCGCGUCGAGCACCUCAAGGUGUGUCCAGAGGACAUGGGAGACGUCACGGACGGGAGGGAAACGGAGGAGCGAUAGCAGGGUAUUCAGAUGAUGAGGAGGAUGAAUGGGCAUAACCCGAUCAGCCGAACAUCUUCAGGACCUAAAGAUCUUUGUUUCAAUCCUUCUUCAAUUCCAAUGCAAACUUUCCUGCAGAUGACAUUUUUGGCAUCUUCACAAAAUGUAAUCUCAGUUCCCAAAGUCUCAAAACGCCACGGGAUGAAAAAAAAAGCAGAAUUCGUGAGGAAUCGAGUCGAGACUGAACAUCCGAGGCGGGAAACCAGUGCAUUGGAUUAGCAUUUCCACAAGCUGGUAACCAUUCUGUUUACAUUCACUUCAAAUUUGUUCCCAAUUUGACUUCUUAACCUGUGCAGAGGGGUUAGUGAACUUUUUUGUAUCAUAGCUUCAGCAUUAUCAUUACCGUACAUUUUAAAAACGCCAGUUAUUAAAUUUCUAUACUCAAAGGCAAACGGUCACAACGGAACAAACUAUAACCAAGUAUUGUGUACACUACCCUAGUGUUUUUCAAAUCAAUUCUAAUUCAAUGUUUUUUAAGGCCAAAAAAAAAAAUUGUCAGUAUUUUGAUGUGAAAAAAGUAGUAAACAAAAUCCUUAAUAUAUUGAUCCGUAACGGCCUGAAUUUUUAUUCCAGUUAAUUCCAGGGUAAAUUUCAUAUUAGUAUGUCAAUCAAUAUAGGCCAAAUUAACCCUUAAAAGUUGUUUGACAAGCUGUCAUGUAUUAAGUGACAUGUCGUCAGACUUAGCAAAAUGAGCUGGAAAACUUGGCCGUGAUGAUAAUUGGACACAAAACAUCAAAUAUUUGAGUGGCUGUUGUUGCGAACUUAUAAAGGACGAACCCUGACAUGUCUGUCUGGCUGUAAUUUCCAUUAGAAAGUUUGAAGAAAGACUUUCAGACGUCAUGGUCUGCAGUGCAGUUGGCAAUGAAUCCUUUGCAGCACGGCAGAUUUUUAGAAAAGCGCGACCUUCACAAAACUCUCUUUUCCCCAAAAGAAAAUGAUUGUUGUGGAAUUUGUAUUUUCGGUAAUCAUGGUAACUCUUAGAAAUGCAAGGAUUCUUUUUACACAUGAUUUAGAAGCAUUAGGACAAAAAAAAUCCUAAAAAGAAAAUCAAUCCUGUCAGUUGGAGGUCCUAAAAUGUAAAUUGUUUCUCUUUGCCUGAUUUUUUUUCCUCCAAAUAUUAAUAAGUUGUAAAAAGAAACUUUUGCAAUGCAUUGGACAUACUCACUAUAUAUCAUGUACAGCACCGACAAUUUUUAUGUAAAGAAAAAAAACUGGAUGAUAAAUUAAGCAGUUCACAUUCCUUGAAGAAUGUCAGUUAUCAUGCUAAUAAGCUUUCUAAAUGUUUUGCUGGAAUAUCAUAACUUUCAACGUUAUUUAACUGGUCUUAAAAGUGUAAACAUCUGAUUUUUUUUUCAAGAAAUCAAACCAACUUAAUGAUUCAAAAAUUGAUCACAUUAAUGUACACUCAUACAGGAAAAUACCAGAAUGAGCCAAUUCACUUGUUUUGUUUGAUGGACCAAUGAUCUGAACUUUUUUUGUCUUUUUUUUUUAGAUAAACUUGUACCAAAUGCUUUCUUUUCUGUAAAUAUUUAUUGCCGGAACAAUUUGCCAACAAAUUGAUCUAGGCAGCUACAAACAAAAAUAAAUACUUUCCUUCAUUUUGUUUAUCAAAUUGAUAACAUACAAAAAACCUGUACAAAUUAACAUAUUAUGACUUAAGAUUAUAUAUAAAUCUAUAUAUAUAUAAAAAAUAAAAUAGCAAAAUUUCUAAAAAAUGCAUUUUUUUAUUAAGCCUACUUAUAUUGGGGUGUACUUGCCCGUGAACGUAUCAACAUUAGUAUGUACUGUCCUCACCGUAUACUUCAAAAAAAGAAAAAGUUUGCAACAUUUUUCUAGCUCUCCAUAUUUGACUGUUCUAUCAUUUGAUCAUUUAGAUAGUAUUCCAGACUGCUCUCGCAAUUGUAGUGCUUUAGACAAUUUAUACAGCUUUGAACAAUAUAUCUGCAAAACAUUCUAGCUUUUUAAGUAGAAUUAUAUAGAACGUUGAAAACACCCUAGUAUUCCUUGUAGAGCCAUGUAUGAUAUACAGACCUGUUCACGUAUUUGCCAAUUUUGAGGCAAACUGGUCUUUCAAGUCUUCAUACUUCCAUGCCAAAAAUAUCCAUUGUCAUUUAGAAAUGACUUUCACAAGAGGUGGUGCCUAACCUGAAGCAGGCCCGUUUUGUUCAUUUUUUUAUGAAACGAAAAGAUAAAUUACUCAACGCACCCUGAAUCUUGACAAGAAUAGAGACCUGUAAUAUUGUGGGUCACAAUUUUGUGCAUAAUGCAAGGAUGCGUCGUCAUGUCAAUAUGACCCCCCUUCUACCCAUGCCCCGCCCACCAAUCUUAAUGACCUGCAAGGUUCAUUAACGCUACUUUGUACUAUUUAAUAUGAAAUCAUCAAAUUUGGAUGGCUUGUAUAGAAACAAAAUCAACAAUGUAAUCAAAUUUUCAGUUAUUUUUGAUUAUCCUAAACCAUGUGGUGACCGUGUACACUUGUCUACAUUUACCAGUUAUUCAGUGUUUGAUAACAAUUUCUUUGCCUGAGCUGGCAAAAAGUAUUGAAUUUGGUCAGGUUUCUCCAAUCUGGCACCCUGUCACAACACACCGUUAUUCAGUGUAUCUUGUGAUUCAAGGUAUCUGUCUAAAGACAUACCAUUAAGUGUCAGCAGCACUGUUCCAGUUGUGAAAAAGAAAUGGCGAAAACUCUACAUGGAAAUUUUAGAGGGAAAAACUUCAGAAUGGAAUUUUGUUCGAGAAGAAAAAACACAACAGUUUCUUCUGUGGUUUUCAGAUCUUCAAAAUGGUCUUUAAAAAACACUUUUUUGACCUUAUGUCAGGCCAUUUUCUGGUGAUUUUUUUUUUUUGCUCUAAUCAUUUGGAGCAUUAUAAGUCUUUUAUGGAUUUUUCAAUAAGUCAAUCAAUCAAUCUAGUAAGUAAGUAAUUAAUUGGACCAUUUAUCCGUCAUCAUUUCCAUCAUAUGCCAAUAUGACUCAAGCACAUCAACGAGUGCAUGUUGCAUCGCUCCUUUACAAUAAACGCGCUUUUAGACAUUAGUUUUUGGUGUCACAUUCCACGUAAUGUUUUGCUUAAUUAUUAUCAGGCGGACUUUAUGAAUGGGUAUGUACGUAUGUAAGAUGUGUCAGUUUUGCAAGCUAAAAGAGGUAUAAGUGUAUAUAAGAAAAAAAACUGAGAGUGUUCGAGCGUAACGGUUUCACAUUGCAAUUUGUAGUCUCUAGAUGCUUGAAUUUUCAUUACUUUUUCUCUUUUUUUGUACUAAAAUACUAUUGUCUUAAAAUAACUAUGCAAACUGCUUAAAAAAUUUCUAUUAUUAUGAUUAUCAAGUGCUCUGAACGAGUUAUAAGUUCAGCUUGUUUGUUUUGUUGCCGUCAUUUUGCCGAAUGAUUUGGCUCAAAAACUUUUGUGUUUUGUACCGCUUGGAAUUUUACGGCUAAUGUAAUGCCCGUUUGCAAUGUUGCAAUGGUUUGUUUUUCAAAGUGGAAUUUUCAAGUCAUUUCAGGCCUCGGAAAAUGUAUUAGGAUGCAAAAGUUGCACCCUUUUGGCAAAGAAAUGUAACUCAUUCCAUAAACUUUGGUCGGUUUGCGAACUUGUACUAUUCCAACAGUAUAGCAUUCUUUUUAAGUAGAGUUCUUUUUUUAGUUGAGUAUUUUAAGUUUUCUACUGCUUUUGUUUUUGUAUAUAGUUUUUGAGUCAGAUUCAAUCGUUUUCAUAAUGGGAAGGCUGUGUGAUUUUACUAUUAUUUUUAUUCUUAGAUUUAAAAGAAAAUGAAGCAUUUGUCGAUUUUUGCUGCAAGUAUGCUGUCAUGGGGGGCUGCCCCGUGUAGUAAUAACUAUUAUUCCAUAUGUGCCAUUUUCGUGUGUGUAAACAAAAAAUCACUAAUUUUGAUAAGUUUGUUCUUUUUAAAACUAGUCUACUUGUUCAAUUUCUAUCAGAUGUUAGGUACUUAAUGACGAAGGUUUACAGGAUAAUUGAUACUCGGAACACAUUUUCUUGAACUGCUUGUGUAAAGAGCGUUCUCUUGCUAAAGCAACAAGCGUAUAUACCAGCCAAUUUUAUGCAAUAUGUGUACUGGUGAUCAUUAACUAUGCUUGCAUAUCAACAACUAAGCAAAGUGCUUAAAGCUGUCGGGAAUUAUAAAAAAAAAAAACAAGCACCAACCCAGUGUUCUUGAAAAAGAAAUGACUACAUCCGGGUUUACUAAAUGUUAUCUUCUUCAGAGAAGAGGCAAGUCUAACUAUUUAUUGACUGGUUUCUAUGGUAACUUAGCCUAAAACACAACAUCUUUACUACAUUAUAGUGAGGUUAAUGUUACCUGUAUUUCCUGUACAUAUAUAUACAUAUAUAUCAUGUGCUUUACGAUUAUAUAAUAUAUCACACAGUCCCUUAGUAGUUAAACUAGCGUAGCUUAGUGUAGUCUCUUGAUAAAAAAAAUAUCCAAUAAUGCGUCUUUUACAGCAUUUGAUCCUCAGUGCUUGCGUCAUCGUUACGUCAUCAUGAUGUUUGUUUUAUUCACAAUUCGAUUUUUGAGUGGAAUAAAAUACCUCUGCACACCAACAGUGAAAAUGA